AUGGCUUUCCUUCUCAGCAACUUAACAAAUGACUCUAACCUGUGGAAAGUAAGUCACAAUUCUACGGACCUUGGGAAUUCGUCAGCAACUCUGAAUCUUUCUCUUUUUUGCCUCAUCUGUUUAAUGACUCUCGCAGCUCUGGUGGGCAGCAUUUUCUCACUGUUUUCCCUGCUGACCAUGCAAAACAGAACUGUUGUGUCCAUGCUUGUGGCUUCCUGGUCCGUGGAUGAUCUCUUAAGCGUCUUGUCAGUGGCCAUCUUCAUGUAUUUGCAGUGGCCAAAAGAGGCUCCAGGCUACUUCCAGUCUCUGUGCACCACCUCUGCCUUACUCUAUUUAUGCCAGGGCCUCUCCAGCAACUUGAAGGCGACUCUUAUAGUCUUCUACAACUUUUACACGAUGCACAGGACAGUGCCGAGUCAGUCAGCUUCCUUGCGAUCAGGACAGGUGCUUGGUGUGGCAUUGACUGUGUGGGCAGUCAGCCUGCUGCUGGCCGCGCUCCCACUGUGUGGCUGGGGCGUCUUCGUGCGCACGCCCUGGGGCUGCUUAACCGACUGCUCCAGUCGCUAUGUGCUGCUCCUCUUCGCGGUGUACGCUUCCGCCUUUGGGCUCCUGGCCGCUCUCUCUUUCCCUCUCACUCACCAGCUGCUGUGUUCCGAGGAGCCGCCGAGACUCCACGCCAACUACCAGGAAAUUUCCCGUGGCGCCUCCACUCCUGGGACCCCUGCUGCUGGGGGAAGAGUGCUCUGUCUGUCGCCAGAGGAUGUUGCGAUCCCGGCUCUGCGAUGUGCUGGGGGAUGCUCCCCGAGCUCCGACACGGUGUUUGGCCCAGGUCAGUCUGCUGCCUCCGGCUCUGGAGCCAGCAGGCUAGAGAAUCCCGGGACUCCCCAUGGCACCAGCAGCUUCCCAGUGAGCCUGGCACAGAAGCGCUUUGCUUUGAUCCUAGCGCUGACGAAAGUCAUCCUUUGGCUGCCCAUGAUGAUCCACAUGGUGGUAAAACACGUGGUGGGGUUUCAGAGCCUUCCUGUCGAUACGCUCAGCUUUCUGCUAACCCUGCUGGCCAGCGUUGUAACCCCAGUGUUUGUGUUGUCCAAACGCUGGACCCACUUGCCUUGUGGCUGCGUCAUCAACUGCCAGCCAGACGCCUACUCCGUUGCAUUGGAUGGGAAAAAGUCAAAGAGGAAAGGCUUUGAAUUCAAUCUGUCAUUCCAACGAAGUUAUGGAAUCUAUAAAAUAUCACAUGCAGAGUACUAUGAGGAUGAUGAAAAUGCCAUAUCCUAUCACAACCUGAAGAACUAUGAGUCAGAAGCUACAAAGGAGCCUAGGGGAGACAACCACAAUGUCUUCAAUGCCAUUACAGUAGAAAUCAGCACCACGCCACCGUUGGACAGCAACAUGCUGUCUGGUGUCAACAAGUGCACCAAUACUGACAUCCCAGAGGCACAGCAAGGCUUGAUCGAGGAAAAGAGUUCUUUUCCUGUUAAAACAGAAAGUGAAAUAAACUAUGAAGAAACCACCUCUUUUGAAGGUCCAGAAAGACGGCUGUCUCAUGAGGAGAAUCAGAAGCCAGAUCUUUCAGACUGGGAGUGGUGCCGAAGUAAGUCAGAACGAACACCUCGCCAGGUAAGUGGUUAUGGGCUGGCUAUUCCCUUAUGUGCAUUCCAGGGGACAGUGUCUCUCCAAGCACCUACCGGGAAAACCCUCUCUCUUUCUACUUAUGAGGUCAGUGCAGAAGGGCAAAAGAUAACCCCUGCCUCUAAGAAAAUAGAAGUCUAUCGAUCGAAAAGUGUUGGCCAUGAACCGAACUCAGAGGAGUCUCCUUCCACGUUUGCGGACACCAGUGUGAAAAUACACUUGGAGGUUCUUGAAAUUUGUGACAACGAUGAGGCUUUGGAUACUGUGUCAAUCAUCAGCAACAUCAGCCAGUCCUCCACGAAAGUCAGGUCUCCUUCCUUGCGCUACUCGCGGAAGGAAAACAGAUUCGUCUCCUGUGAUUUAGGAGAAACUGCCUCAUACUCCCUGUUCUUACCUACAAGUGAUCCUGACGGUGAUAUCAAUAUCUCCAUCCCAGACACUGUGGAGGCACACAGACAGAACAGUAAGCGGCAGCAUCAAGAUCGGGAAGGCUACCAGGAAGAGAUCCAACUGUUAAACAAAGCCUACAGGAAAAGGGAGGCUCAAAGUGAAGGUAAUUAG